AUGUCCCAGCAGGUGUACAGCAAGGACACGGUGAUGGCGACACGCAGCAGGUGCACCGACGCACGGCGCAUACAGCCGGGCCACGGCCGCGCCAGGAACACGGGCCGGCAGGGCCACGCGGGCGGCAUGAGCGGAGGGCCGGAGCCGACGCCGGGGGCCCAGCACGUCCGAGAUCCCGCAGAAGAAGCUGGCAGGAGCUCGCGCGCUCCAGCUUUGCUCCGGGGGCAGGAGCGCCUGGCCGCCAGCAGGCCGGCGCCGCCGUGGAAGGCUGUCCUCGGUGGGCUUGUACUGACGUCCCUUCUUACAGGAUUUAUACAUCACGUGUGGCUCAAAGAAAAGGAGUUUCCUCCGAAAUCCAGAGGGUUGUGUGCGGCGAUCACAGAGCGCGUCUCCAGGCUCUUCGACUACCAGGCCCGACUCCGGAUGCCGAAGGAGCACCUGGAGCUUCUCAGGAAGGAGAGCCAGACUUUGGAAAACAACGUGCGUGAGAUUCUACUUUUAACUGAAAAAAUUGACGUCCUGACGGUGUUGCUUAGAGACGCGCAGGCCGGUCUGCACAACGGAAGCGGAACCCCUGGCAGAAAUACCCCCGAGGCCCAGGGCCAGGCCGAGGACCUGGACAGGGAAAUGUCAAACCUGGUAAAUUACGUACUUAAAAAGCUGAGAGAAGACCAGGUCCAGAUGGCCGACUAUGCGCUUAAAUCAGCAGGAGCCUCCGUCAUUGCAGCUGGGACCUCGGAGAGUUACAAGAGUGAGAAGGCCAAGCUGUCCUGGCGCGGGGUAGGGUUCCUCAGCUACGAGAGGCCUCCAGACGUCAUCCUGCACCCAGACGUCCACCCCGGCAAGUGCUGGGCUUUCGCAGGCCCCCAGGGCCACGUCCUCAUCCGGCUUGCCAGCGCAAUCACGCCCACCGCCGUCACCGUGGAGCACAUCUCGGAGAGGGUGUCCCCGUCGGGCAGCACGGCCAGCGCGCCCAGGGAGUUUUCUGUCCACGGCGUCUUGGCGCAGUGUGCAGGGGCGGAGGUGCCCCUGGGCCGCUUUGUCUAUAACCGGACCGGGGCCACCGUGCAGACGUUCGUGCUCCAGCAUGCAGUUUCUGAACCCUUACUGUGUGUGAAGCUUAAAAUCCUCAGCAACUGGGGACACCCACAAUACACGUGUUUAUACAGAUUCAGGGUCCACGGCAGCCCAGGGGGUCACCGCUAG